AUGGAGCGCGACCCAACCCUCUGGGUUCUCUGGUUCUGGCUAGUCUUCUUGGCCGCGUGCGCAGGUGGAUUCUUUCAGCUUGCUGGUGAUUUUGCACGCGAUCACGAUAGGGAGACUUCCUUCAUGUGUAUCUCAUUUGCAAUCAUGUGUCUCAUGUAUUUCGUCCGCUUGCUCCCCCUCUACGUCCAGCUACGCCUGGAUCUCGUCCAUGACCGCAAUGGCUCCAACGGGCCUCCUGGUCCUGGUCCUGAUUCUGAUUCUAGCGCCGGGCAGCGUGGACGGCAACUCAAUGACCAUUCUUCGCAACUUUCUCGCCGUGGUGCUGGGGGUGGCGGGUCCUCAACGUCCUCCCGUUAUUCUACUACUACCUACCCUCCCAGUUCUGGUCGAUACCGUGACGCAAUCUUGAUCACAAUCGUGCUAAUGACAAUCAUCUAUUACCAGUUCGUUUCUUCUCGCGGCAAUGAAUAUUUCUGCGAAAUUGACGAGGACUACCUGACGGACCGCUUCAACCUCACCGGGUUGAAUACCGAGGUUUCCUACUACCAAUACGCCCUUGAUCUUGUCACCGACGUUUUCGAUCUUGAUGCCGACGAUGAUCUGCGUGAGCAAAUCGAAAAGUCUGCUCGUCACCUUUACGGCUUGGUUCAUGCUCGGUAUAUCGUGACCACUCGUGGUCUUGCUAAAAUGCUCGAGAAGUACAAGAAGAGUGACUUUGGGAAGUGCCCACGUGUGAUGUGUGAUGGACACGCCUUGCUUCCUUUGGGCGAGUCCGAUCUUCCGAAUGUCAGCACCGUCAAGUUGUACUGUCCCAAGUGCGAAGAUAUCUACAACCCAAAAUCCUCCCGCCACUCAUCCAUUGACGGCGCAUACUUUGGUACCUCGUUCCAUUCCGUCCUCUUCCAGGUUUACCCUGCUCUCAAUCCCGAGAAGAGCAGUCGCCGUUACGAACCCCGUAUCUACGGUUUCAAGGUGCACUCUGCAGCUGCCCUUGCUCGUUACCAGGACAAUCAGCGUGAAGAACUCAAGUGGCGCCUCGCUGAAGCCGACAUCACCCACCGCUUCAUCGAGGACAGCGAAAGUGAUGAUGACGCCUUCGAAUAUGACGAGGACUACGCCGAGGGUCCCGCGGAGCCAGCCAAAAACGACAAGCUCCUCGGUGACGCAGCUUCGGCUCGCAUGAACGUCGCCAAGUAA